AUGGCACCGGAAAUGACUACACCGGUUGUCUUCUUUUUGCCUGUCCUUUUUACUAUCUUAAUUGUACAUAGUGACUCGGCUCAGGCUCAGAACAUCCGUGAAUCCAAAUCGGCUGCGCCCCCAACAGUGGAUAAACCCUUGCUAGCAAUUCAAAUUGGAAGCAUUGUGGGCGCCUAUGUGAUCUUCGUCGCUAUACUUCUAGCCCUACUUAUAUUCGUCGGACGUCGCCUGCGUCGGACAGUUCAGUCAUCCAACUAUACACUGCAUAUGGAAAUUCUGAAGCCUGCUAGACCUCCCGUUAGCAUGGAUCCCAGCCCAAUUUCACCAAUGUCGCACAACCUCCCCAGUCCCAAGUCAAGUGGGUUCAAGUCCUGGGGAUCAUUGCACAGAAGUGCCAGGCCCUCCCAACCAUCCAUGAACGGCAGCAUGGUGACCAUCGAUGAGUCCAUUGUCGCUAACGACCGACAACGAGCCCAAAACGAUAUGGAAAUGCUGUAUGCGGCAGUCAUGGAACAUGAUGCCCAGAAAGCUUCCGGAGUUGAUCUGUCCGUCCGCGAACAUGAUUUCCAAGCGCAAUCACCAGAUAGCCAACUCACAAACCCAUUCACCGACCGUGGCUCUCACGUAUCGGAUAAUUCAUCGGCGCCAUUAGCUCCAUUGAAGUCCCCAACAAAGGGCUUCAACAGCUCCCGCCUAUCCAAGCUCUUCAACUCCGGCUCGCGCGCCAAUCCAGAGCCGAGCAAAGUGCGCUCACCACGUCUGGAUAUUCGCAAAAUGCCCAUCUCCUCUCCAUUAGCCUCACCAGCUGUCGUCACGCCUCGAGUCUAUGUCCCCGAAGACCCGCCUCUUUCCCCGCGUAUCUAUAACCCGGGUCCUCCGCCAGUCGUACCGCAGCAGACGAGCAAGACACUCAUGCCCCCUCCUGGGCGUGCCCGUCCCCCGGCGCCUCUAGCCCUGUCUACUCCCUCGCCUGCUUCAUCCGUCCCGUCCAACCUACCUUUCCGUGAGGCGUACCCGGGGCAAAGUGUCCCGGCAACCAAGACCACUAUCUUGGAACGGCCGGUGAAGAACCGGAUGGGUCCUGUCACGGGUAUGGCUACACCGUAUAGUCCAUAUAUGCCGUUUACUCCUGUGACGCCCUUUACCCCCGGGCGCACGGUGACAAAGCGGCAACGGAAGCGGGAGGAGCGCGGGAAUGGGCUGCAAGUAUUGAACGAAGAUGAUUUGGUCAAGGAUGAUGAUGAUAUCUGGGGAUAA